UGCACAUUCCCUCGUUCCCCUGUCACGCUCAUCGGCCAUGAUCAAUCUACUGCUUGAUGAAGACCACCCCUCCCCUCCCCAAGCCUCGCCCUCCCCAAGCCUCGCCCUCCCCGCCUGCCCCUCGCCCUCCCCGCCUCCCUCUCCCCGCCUGCCCCUCGCUCUCCCCGCCUCUCACCAACCAGCAGCGGCUGCGUGAGCGGAGCGAGCGACUUUUCAGUCUUCAGUCGCUCGCUGACGGCUCGAAGUGGAGCGCGCUCAUUGCAACUUUCGGCGCCCCAUUCAACGUCCACUUCUGUUACAGCCCUUGCGGACCGGGUGGGUGGAAAUUCCACAUUCCUAUGGCGAGCCCGGAGAAUCUGUGGCCAGCAAUAGCGAUUUCAACGACUUCUUCCCGCACGGCCGUGGAUUUAUAAUUCAUCAUCACCAAGACCACCACCGCCCCACCACGCAAGACGAAGGGACUUUAACGUCAAAUGAUGAUGGAGAUGAAAAGGUUGGGACCGUGGUCGACGAUGGGGAUGGUGAUGGUGGCGAUGACGACGAUGGUGAUGGUGAUCCCGUCGCUGGCGACUCGGACACUCGACACGUGCAGCAGGAAUUGCUCGCAACAGGGUCUCGCCUGCACUGUGGUCAAAGGCUGCGAGUCUCUUCUGGGAGGCGACCUUCUGCCCUCGGUCCCACAGAAUCUGCACUUGGCCACCGUGCCCUCGGCCAACGGGAAAGCGCUGGUGCUGAGAGUCGCUUGGAGCCUGCCCGUGGAUGCGAGUGUUCGCAGCGUGACGGGCUUCUGCGUGAAGGUGAAGGUCCGCGACCGGCACGAGAGCGUCUCCCUCCACUUCCCGAGACCCCCCGCGGAGCAGCGCGACCCGCAGGGACGGCCGUGGAGCUUCACGUACUCGUGUUUCUCCGUGAGCCCCGGGGAAUUUGUGUACGUGAGCGUCCACAGCCAGCCGUACGUGGAGAGCGCCAGCGCCAACUACACCGUGCCAGUUUGUACUGACCCGAACCUCGCAAAGUUUCCAAUCUGCAAAAAGUGGACGGCACUCGUCAGCCUGGCCGUCAACGCGACGCCGGGGCGGUUGCUGGUGUCCUACCGAAGCUUUGACCCUCGCCCGGAAUACAACGUGCGGCUGUGCCACCUCACGUUCGCCAGCUGUGCCGGCGCGGCACCCAUUCGGACCCUGACAGGGAGCAGCAAUUCGAGCGAGUUCAUCAUAGAGCAAGCCAUGCCCUGCCUCUGCGUCGAGGUCUACGCUACGAGGGAGAGCUCGUUGCGAAUCCAGAAAUGUCCCUUUGAGAACGUCACGGCGGAGUGGGGGGCGCUGCGUCUGAGCCGGGCGCCGGGCGGCGUGACGCUGCGCGCCGACGGGCUGCUGCGCAGGUGCGUGUACGAGGUGCGCGCCACGCUGCUGGUGCGACGGGGAGGGCGCGACACGGCCGUGGACAGCGCCACCGCCGAGAGACAGGAGAACGGCUCCAUCAUCCUCGGGUUCGCGCUGAACCCCGAAGUCGAGGACCAGGGGGAGAUAUGCGUCAUGCUCCAGGCGGACAAGUUCUACGCGCCGAGCGACGUCGUGUGCGUGCCACGCUGGCGCUGGGUUCCGCUGCUGGCGCUGGGUGCCGUAGUGCUCGCGGGCGCCCUACUCACCGCACUGGGAGCCUCGCUGGGCCACGCACCAGGACGAUUUUUUGGCGGCGCCAAAGAAAGCCGAAUGGUGCUGCUGCUCCACGCCCACGAGGACGGCGCCGACCGCCCGCCAUCCUCGCCGCUGGCGCUCGUCGGGGCGCUGGCGACGUUCCUGCGCCGCCGCUGCGGCGCCGAGGUGGCGCUGGACGCGUGGGAGAAGCGGGAGGUGGCGCGCCUCGGCCCGGGGCCCUGGCUGGCCGGGCGGCUCGAGCGGUGCCAGCUGAGCGGCGGCGCCGUCGUGGUGCUGGCGUCCGGCGCGGCGCGGCGCCGCUGGGACGAGAUGCGCGGCCUCCGACAUCCCCCGGCCGGCCGCGGCGGCGCCGGCGAUCCGGCGAGCUCGGACGACGCCGGCGGCGCCACCGAGCUGGGCGACCUCUUCACGCCGGCGCUGCGGCUGCUGUGCGAGCAGGACGCGGCCUGGCGGAGCGCGAACGUGAUGGUGGCGGUGUGCGUCGACGGCGGGGACGUGCCCUCGUGCCUGCGCUCGGCGCGGAUCUUCCGUCUGCCCGGCGACCUCGGUAGGCUGAGCGCGGCGAUCGGGGGCGGCGGCUCGGUCCGGGACGGCGCCGGCGGCGGCGGGCGGCGCUUGCGGGAGACGCCGGAAGGCGCGGCGCUUUUGGCCGAGAUCUCCAAAGCGCGGGAGCGGGCGAGCGGACGAGGCGGAGGGGCGACUCCGCCGCUCGCCGCGGACGCCGCCGUCGAGAGGUCCGCGGCGGGCGCGGAUUUCCCCGGGACGGCGAUCACGGAGACGAAGCUGCAGAUGUGGCCGUUCUUGCCGGAUCCGAGCGGUGGCGGCGGCGGCGGCGAUGGAGAAACGGACAGCGCCUACAGCAGCCUCGAGCCGGCCGCGCUGGAGGUGGGCGGAUUCAGGCUGACCCGGGCCGAGCUCCUGCAGCUCGUCCAGCAGCGGAGCGAGAAAGGGCGCGGCGGCCUCUGCCCCACGUGACGCAGAAAAACCGGAAGUGAGUGAGCGGCCCGCCUUUGGCGGCCGCCCCCCCCAGGAAAGGCUGGCCACCGAUGCGGCCGCGCCUCGCGCCAGCGUGAGCCGUCGAGCAAACGGUCUGAACGGAACGGGUCGUGCUGGUACCUUCUUGGAACCGUCAACUGUGCUGGUGAUUCACCAACACGCUGGUGAAGCGUCCAAAAGCGUGGAAGUGGGCCCCCCCCUGCGGUGACUUUGACGUCACGUGAACAAAACGCUUGGCACCGGGCUGCCUCGGUCGGCGAUUGACGGCAGCCUCCUCCUCCCUCCUCCUCUUCCUCGCUCCUUCCUCCUUCCCGCCUCCCUUCUCCCGCCUCCCUGCGACCGAUACUUAUUUUGGAAGUUUAUUGAGGUUUGUUGAGUGCUUGAUGAAGCCAUGUUUUAGUAGUUUGCCAGUGAAGUUGAAACAAAGAAAUACCUCAACACCAAGAGACACCACUACCUCUUUUUUUUCCCACUGCACAACCAAACCGUGCCGGGGGCUGUGCCGAGCCAGAAUCCGAAUAUGUAUUUAUACUGGAGGAAUCCGAUGAACUAUAAAGCUCUUCUAACCGGGUUGGUUUUUUUGUAUCACUGCCAAAGCCGAGCCGUUCCCCUGACGUCACGCGUGAUGAACUCUGAACUCGUCGUUAGCCCCGCCCCCUGGCUCUGCUUGCCCCCCCCCCCUCCCUCCUCCCAGCAAGAUUCAAGACGUCUGCCUUGUGAGGCCGGGCCGAGCGUGCUUCGGUUCUGGCUCGGCACGGCAAAAUAUGGAGUUGGAAAAAAAACCGCCCGGGACGGUUGAAGGGCACCGUCUUGGCUCAGCUCGAUUAUGCCAGUGGGAAAGGGAUUCAGGAUAAUUACAGAAUUUGCCGUUAUCAACACUGGACAAUAAUUAUUACGGGAAUUAUAAUCACGGGAAUCAACUCAGGGGUGGUGGAGUGAUGGAGGGGGGUGUCCCAGUGUAUCGCCGUCAACCGUUAACAAGCUCCCCCCGUUGUUGUCUCCACGUGUAAGACCAUGCGGAGCCUGUUUACAGGCCGAAAUGUUACCGUGUAUUUAUUUAUUGUGUUGCAUAUCACGGGCUGGCUUGCGUACGGUGCGAAAGAAGUUCAACAAGAAGAUGAUAGAGGGUUAUCUCAUUUAUCUUAACUAAUGUUCAAACAGAAUUCCAUAAACACGAAUGCAUGAAUUAUCUUUUAAAACUCAUUGAGAACUUUUAUUAUAUAUAUAAAACAUUACAGGUGUGUGAUCUGUGAACAUUCAACAAUUGUGUUUUGUCUCAAUGCAUUCAGGGUUCUUGGUCGAGUUGAGUAAAUGUGUCGUCUGAGAAGUAAGAAGACACGUAUGGCAAUUAAUAAUGAUAAUCAAUCAAUAAAAAUAACUUACAGAAUGAACAAUAAAAAAA